UGAAGGGUUAAACAUGUCAAUAUGCGAUUUCUCUAUAUUUCACCCUAUGCAGCGCAAAACUGCACAAAAAAAAAGUAGUGACAUGCUGCAGAUCUGGACAGAAAACCCUCCUGAUUUCUGCUUGGUGUGAACUGUAUUUCAGCAGCAGACGGUUGGUGAACUGUGUCCCUGCCGUCAUAUAGAUACCACACAGCAGAGUCACAUGAUCCGUGCCCAGGACGCCGCUCAGGAAACGCACCGUUUUUCCAUCCCCGGCGAUGUUUUCCCUUGAAUCCUGGAGGCUGAUUCACACCACGCUGUAUUCCCGGCAGUGAUUCGGCUGUUUGAAAUCUGGUUGCUUUUCCCUAGUACGGUGAGAGCCUCUGACAGCCGAGCGGCGGCCACUCCUCUUCUGCAGAGAGAUUUCCUCAUCCUCCAACCAGCAGCCUCCAUUCCACUGUACUGUCAAAAUGCAGGCUGCACCCACACAUACUCCGCUCCGUGCCACCGACACAUUACCAUUCUGCUAAGGUCUACAGGUUGGCUUUACUCUCUAGUCAUCUGUCACCGCAGUGCUGAGAUUUCCCUACAGGAACGUGCGCUGCGGCAGGAUCCUGGCAGCCAUACGGAGCCUUCUACAAGCCGCAAACCUCCAGCUAAGGAACCUGAUUUCCUUUCGAAGCUAAAUAUCCACGGGCAUCAGCCGUCGGCGUCCUAAGCUGCGUCUGCUUCUUGGCUGAGACCGAAGGAAAUACAUCUUAAGCUGGAAAUCCUUGGGAGAAGCCACGCCGAUCCGGGCCAGAGACCAAACAGAUGCCUAUAGGUUUCCCCAGACGCAUCGGGAAGAUGUCCUGACGAGGAUAAUGAAGACGAGCGUUACAGAAUUACAGGUGUCAGACGACGCGCUCGACAUUCUGCCGAGAAGAUUCUCAUGAAGGGAGACGCUCGCGAGGUCUUCUCUCUCUCUAAAAGAAACAUCAUGAGACCUUGUCCUAAAGAUGGAGACGCAGGUCCACUAAUUCAUGUCUAGCCGGAGAGCCCAGCGCCGGACGUGAUCGUGAGGAUUUUCCUUCUUCUUCUUAUAGGACAAGGUUGGUCUACAGAGAAACAAAUUCUAGAGGUGUCUAGAAGGUGGAGAAGAUGCCAUCCAUCCUGGUGGCUUCCAAGAUGAAAUCCGGACUGCCCAAACCGGUCCACAGCGCCGCGCCGAUCCUUCACGUUCCCGCAAGGACAAUCCCACAGCCUUGUUACCUGAAAUUAGGGAACAAGAUAGAAGUGUCCAAGCCGUCCUACACCACCGGCCAGAUCCCGCUGAAGCCAAACUUUGGUUACGAGUCCACGGGAGAAGCUCUGCCCAUCAAGAAGACGGACUCUGACGAGAACGGAUUCGACACACAGAUUUACACGGACUGGGCGAACCACUACCUGGCGAAAUCCGGGCACAAGCGUCUGAUCAAAGAUCUACAGCAAGAUGUGACGGAUGGGGUGUUGCUGGCAGACAUCAUCCAGGUUGUGGCGAACGAAAAGAUUGAAGACAUCAAUGGCUGCCCCAAGAACCGGUCCCAAAUGAUUGAGAACAUUGAUGCCUGCCUGAGCUUCCUGGCAGCUAAAGGAAUUAACAUACAAGGCCUGUCAGCCGAGGAGAUCAGGAAUGGGAAUCUGAAGGCGAUCCUCGGCCUGUUCUUCAGCCUCUCGCGUUUCAAGCAGCAACAGCAACAAACGCAGAAACAGAACUAUCACCAGCCGACUCCAGCACCGCAACAUUCAGGAACGCCAAACCAGUGCCAGCAGCCAUAUCACCCCUCCUCCACCCCCCAUGCCCAGCCCUAUACACCCCCUCCAGUCCAGUGCCAACAACCGCAGCAACCUCCCCAGUCACAGAGCAAAGCACAAGGAGAGAUGCACUCCAGGCUCCCAGGUCCCAGCACCAGGACGUCGGCUGCAGGCAGCGAAGCCAAAACCCGGGGGCCGGUCGGUGGGAACAGGCGCAGUCAGAGUUUUAAUAACUACGACAAAGCCAAACCGGUGAAUCCUCCCGCAGCUGUGACUGAGAAAGAGUCGGCGGAGGGCACGGUGUCGCAGCAGACGGGGAUGAACGAGAAUGUCCUCUCCUCCAGUAGUAACGCCUCAGCCAUACCCCAACCCAACUCCACCAACAAACCAUGGCGGAGCAAGUCCCUCAGUGCUAAGCACACCACCACGUCUUCCAUACUGUCCGUGAAGCAGACGGUGCCGGAUAGUCCGAAACAACCUCAAGAACCUCUGAAGCCUUCGCCCAACACCCAGAAAUCCAUGCUGGAAAAACUCAAGUUAUUCAAUAGUAAAGGGGGCUCCAAGACGCCCGGGUCAUCUCUGGAGGAGUCUCGGGACACCAGCUCUGAACGUCUUGACCAAUUUACUGGCCCCGAAGAAGCGGAAGAAAUGGAAACCUGUGUGAAGAAUUCCAACAGCAUAAGCCCGUCUUCGAAUAGUCCUAAGAUAGCACUGAAGGGCAUAGCCCAAAGGACGCUGGGCCGGGCAUUGACCAACAAGAAGAGUUCCCCAAAGGGCAACGAGAAGGACAAGCAGAAGGAGAAGAACAAAGACCUGGCCAAAAGAGCGAGCGUGAGCGAGAAGGCCGAGGUGAAGGAAGAGUCCAAGGAAGAUCCGGUCCCCGCGUCUACCGACAUGCCAAAAAAGUCCUCAAAGAUCGCCAGCUUCAUCCCCAAAGGGGGCAAGAAGGACGUCUCUGCCCCUGCUCACAGCGGAAUACCAAAACCAGGAAUGAAAACCACCCCAGGAAAAUCCUCAAGUGCCCCAGGGUCGGCCAAGGAAGGGGACAGGGGCCGCAGCGCAAAGACCGGUUCAGGGCUUUCUCUUCAGAAGAACCAACUUGACAACCGAAAUUCUAGCUCCUCCACGUCAAGCUUGGCCUCCUCUGAAGGGAAGGGGGCAGCUACAGCGGGCAAUGCCCAAUCCGUCAAUGGGACGAGCACUGUUACACAGACUACAGGAAGUAACACAGUCAGCGUUCAGCUACCUCAUCCUCAGCAGCAGUAUAAUCACCCAAACACCGCCACCGUGGCACCCUUCAUGUACAGGUCUACAGACAACGAAGGGAACGUCUCGGUGGAGAGCGGCACGGGAGGGGUCCACAUGGAGCCCCCGCUCUAUAACAAGACAGGGACGUCCUGCCUGGAGGAUCUGUCCGGUGAAGAUCCAGAGACCCGUAGACUGAGAACAGUGAAGAACAUUGCGGAUCUCCGGCAGAACCUGGAGGAAACCAUGUCCAGCCUCAGGGGAACCCAGAUCAGCCACAGCACAUUGGAAACCACGUUUGACAGCAACAUCACGACUGAGAUCAGCGGCCGCAGCCUCCUCAGCCUGGCCUCCCGGCCCACCCCUCUGUCAUGGCGGCUGGGCCAGUCCAGCCCUCGCCUGCAGGCAGGAGACGCGCCCUCUAUGGGCAACGGGUACCCUCCGCGGGCCAGCGCCAGUCGCUUCAUCAACUGCGAAUCCGGCCGUUAUGUGUACCCAGCGCCGCUCCGGAGACAGCUGGCUACAAGAGGCAACAUGGGGCACGGCGACGACAAGGGGGACGAGAUGGACCUGGAGAGCGUCAGCGCCGACCCCACCGGCUACAUGAGCGACGGCGACGUCCUGAGCAAGAACAUCCGAAGCGACGAGAUCACCAGCGGUUAUAUGACAGAUGGGGGACUGGGACUUUACACCCGAAGACUGAAUCGUAUGCCUGACGGGAUGGCGGCCGUGCGGGAAACACUUCAGCGGAACACGUCCAUGGGACAAGGAGAUGCUGACAGUUGGGAUGACAGCAGUUCGGUGAGCAGCGGGAUCAGCGACACCAUUGACAACCUGAGCACAGAUGACAUCAACACCAGCUCCUCCAUCAGCUCAUACGCCAACACGCCAGCGUCCUCCCGGAAGAACCUGGAUGUGCAGACCGACACAGAAAAACAUCUACAGAUCGACCGCAACCAACUCUGGACCGGCGAUGACUUGAAGAGAUCGGAUGUCGACGGAGUGAAGAUGGAGUCUAAAUGGAGGAAGAAUCCCUCAGACCUGUCUGACGAGUCCGAUAAAAGCAACUCGGGAAGGAAGAACACGGUCAUAUCCCAGACAGGAUCCUGGAGGAGGGGAAUGACUGCUCAGAUGGGCAUCACGAGCCCCCGCACCAAGUCCACCACAGGAGCUCUGAAGACACCAGGGACAGGAAAAACAGAUGAUGCAAAAGUAUCAGAGAAAGGACGACUGUCUCCUAAGUGCGGCCAGGUGAAGCGCUCGCCGUCAGAUGCAGGUCGCAGCAGUGGGGACGAGACCAAGAAAUGCCUGAGCAAUUCCUCUAGGACAAUCACGGCCAACACCAAUACCUUUGGGUUUAAGAAGCCAGGGAGCACGGUGGUUGGCAUGCCUAUAAUCACCACCAGCGGGGCAACCAUCACCAGCGGCUCAGCCACGCUAGGUAAAAUGCCAAAGUCUUCCGGCCUCAUGGGCAGGUCCUCCAACAACCGGAAGGCCAGUGUGGAUGGAUCGCACAAUGAUGACGGAUACCUGCAGCUCAGUGCCAGAACCAAUCUCCAGUACCGCAGUUUACCGCGUCCCAGCAAGUCACGCAGCGGCACCGGUAAUCGCUCCAGCACCAGCAGCAUUGACUCCAAUAUCAGCAGCAAGUCAGCCGGUCUGCCUGUCCCCAAAAUGAGAGAGACCAGCAAGAUGACUCUGAACAAUUCUGUGUCUGGACUGAUGAACCAAACCGACCGCGAAAAAGGGAUUUCAUCAGACAACGAGAGCGUCGCCUCCGGUAACUCCAUUAAGAUGAACCCGGCAUCACAGGGCGUCUCCAAUGGCGCCCGCCAACAAGGGAGCAAGUAUCCCGAUGUGUCGUCCCCCACACUGCGCAGGCUUUUUGGCGGUAAGCCGAAUAAACAAGGUCCGGUCACCACCUCGGAGAACAUGAAAAACUCAAUGAUUAUCUCCAACCCCCACGCCACCUUAAACUCCCAGUCCCACCCGGACUCCCCCUCCGGCAGCGGUAUCCUAAGCAGCGGGGGUAGCAGCCCGCUGUACGGUAAAAAUAUGGAUCUGAACACGUCUCCGCUGGCGUCCAGCCCCGGCUCCGCUCACUCUGCACCUUCUAAUAGUCUAACAUGGGGCACCAACGCCAGCAGCUCCUCCGCGGUCAGUAAGGACGGUCUGGGCUACCAGUCGGUCAGUAGCCUCCACACCAGCUGUGAGUCCAUUGACAUAUCCCUGAGCAGUAACAACUCGCCCAGCGCCCUGACGGCCUCGCCCCGGGAGGACUCUAUAUCCGCCUUCGUGAGGACCAAUAGCGUGAAGACCGCCAUGUCCGAGAGCCCUCUCUCCUCCCCUGGUGCUAGUCCUAAAUUCAGCAGAAACACCCUCCCCAGGAAGCAGGACAGUGAUCCGCAUCUCGAUAGAAACACUUUACCUAAGAAAGGAUUCAGGUACGCUCCGUCAUCUCAGCUCCGGCACCAGGAUGACAAUAAGGAAUGGCUGCGCUCCCAUUCGUCCAGCGGGCUCCAGGACACGGCCAGCAGCUCCCCGUUCUCACCCGGCUCCAGCAUCACCUCGCCCUCCGGCACCCGAUUUAAUUUCGCCCAGCUCGCAAGUCCUACGACGGCCGCUCAUAUGACUUUAUCCAAUUCCACCAUGCUACGGACUCACAGCCUCUCCAACACGGACGGCGAACACUACGGCGAACCGCGAUUCCGAAACAGCUCUAUGUCUCUGGAUGAGAAGACGAGAACCAUGAGCCGUUCUGGAUCAUUCCGUGAUGGCUUUGAAGAAGUUCAUGGAUCUUCGCUCUCUCUGGUCUCCAGCACGUCUUCUGUAUACUCCACUCCGGAAGAGAAGUGCCAGUCGGAGAUCCGCAAGUUACGCAGAGAGCUGGACGCCUCCCAGGAGAAAGUAUCCGCCCUGACAACCCAGCUGAGCGCCAAUGCUCAUCUUGUCGCCGCCUUCGAACAAAGUUUGAGCAACAUGACGAUCCGGCUGCAGAGUCUCACCAUGUCGGCAGAGCAGAAGGAUUCAGAGCUGAAUGAGUUAAGGAAAACCAUAGAACAACUGAAAAAGCAGAAUGCUGCGGCGCAGGCGGCCAUCAACGGAGUCAUCAACACCCCGGAGCUCAGCUGCAAAGGAAAUGGUACAACGCAGUCAUCUGACCUGCGGAUCCGACGGCAGCACUCGUCCGACAGUGUCUCCAGCAUCAACAGCGCCACAAGUCACUCCAGCGUAGGCAGCAACGUGGAGAGCGAUUCCAAGAAGAAGAAGAAUCGGAAGAACUGGUUGAGAAGCUCCUUCAAACAAGCUUUUGGCAAGAAGAAGUCGCCCAAAUCCGCCUCUUCCCAUUCCGACAUCGAGGAAAUGACCGAUUCCUCGCUGCCGUCUUCGCCCAAGUUACCACAUAACGCCAUUCUGUCUACGCCGCUCAUGAGGAGCUCGCAGUCCAGCUCCAUACGGAGAUCGAGAAGCUGAAAACCGAGAACGAUCGCUUGAAGGCAGAAAAUACUGGGAAGUGCAGCAGGGUCCCCUCUCAGAUCUCCAUCUCCUCCUCCCCAAGACAUUCCAUAGGAUUCCCACAGCCCGGAAUCACCAUGACGGAGUCCUCCAGCCUCGAUAUGAUGUUGGACGACUCCACCGAUGGCACCAUGCGCAGGGAAAGCCGCCACGUGAAGAUCGUUGUCAGCUUCAUGGAGGAGAUGAAGUGGAGAGAGGAAUGCCGGCCUCGGAUCUUCCUUAUUGGUUGCAUCGGUGUUGGCGGUAAAACUAAAUGGGACGUUCUGGACGGGGUGGUCCGGAGGUUGUUCAAGGAAUAUUUAGUUCACGUGGAUCCGGUGACACAACUGGGGCUGAACACCGACAGCGUCCUCGGUUACAGCAUCGGGGAGAUCAAGCGGACGACCACAGCCGGGACCCCCGAGCUGCUCCCCUGCGGAUACCUUGUGGGGGAGAACGACACCAUUUCUGUGUCUUUGAAAGGUCUCUCGGAGAACAGCUUGGACAACCUGGUGUUCGAAACCUUGAUCCCUCGGCCGAUAUUACAGCGUUACGUCUCCUUGUUGAUGGAACACAGAAGAAUCAUAUUGUCCGGCCCCAGCGGGACGGGGAAAACCUACCUGGCCAACCGUCUGUCCGAGUACAUGGUGCUGCGCGAGGGGCGGGACCUGACGGACGGGAUCAUCGCCACUUUUAACGUGGACCACAAGUCUAGUAAGGAGCUGCGGCAGUAUCUCUCCAACCUGGCCGAUCAGUGUAACAGCGAGAACAACGCGGUGGACGUUCCCCUGGUCAUCAUCCUGGACAACCUGCACCACAUCAGCUCGCUGGGCGAGAUCUUCAAUGGCCUCCUGAACUGCAAAUACCACAAAUGCCCGUACAUCAUCGGCACCAUGAACCAGGCCACGUCCUCCACCCCCAAUCUGCAGCUUCACCAUAACUUCCGGUGGGUGCUAUGCGCCAACCACACCGAGCCCGUCAAAGGUUUCCUCGGCCGCUAUCUCCGGAGGAAGCUGAUCGAAACAGAAAUGAGCAACCGAACAAGGAACGUGGAGCUGGGGAAGAUCAUAGACUGGAUCCCCAAGGUCUGGCAACACCUGAACCGCUUCCUGGAGACUCACAGCUCCUCAGACGUCACCAUCGGACCUCGUCUUUUCCUGUCCUGCCCGAUGGACGUGGACGGCUCAAGGGUCUGGUUUACUGACCUGUGGAAUUACUCCAUCAUCCCCUACCUGCUGGAGGCGGUCAGAGAAGGGCUGCAGCUGUAUGGCAGAAGAGCCCCCUGGGAAGAUCCUGCCAAGUGGGUUAUGGACACCUACCCCUGGACGGCGGUGCCCCUGCAGCACGAGUGGCCGCCUCUUCUCCAACUGCGACCGGAAGACGUUGGGUUUGACGGUUAUUCUGUGCCAAGGGAGGGGGCUUCCAGCAAGCAGGCCCCAUCUGGAGAGGGGGACGGAGAUCCUCUGAUGAACAUGCUGAUGAGGCUCCAAGAAGCCGCUAAUUUCUCCAGCCCGCAGAGCUACGACAGCGACUCCAACAGCAACAGCCAUCACGACGACAUCCUGGACUCCUCCCUGGAGUCUGCGCUAUGAUGACGGUCGCCCAGGAUAUCAAUGACACUUUAGGCUUUCAUACGGGGGCGCUGGUCGCCGGACCCUUUGUUACAAUGGAGGCUGCACUACUCCUUACAUGCACCGGGCCGAAACGCUUGAAACGCUGACAGGACAGGGGCCCCUGGAUGGUACACUGCCUAUGCUGCUCUAACCAAACACACAGGGGGACUGGUCGUGCCAGCUUCACUAGGUGACCUCAGUGCAGAUAGUCGCUGACUACGCUGCUUGCCUUCGCUCUCGAUGUCUAUAAACCGGUGCUGCUGCUGGGGAGGGGGGGAGGGACGUCUGCCGCAAACACUCUACAGCUAUGCAGGGCGCUCUCUCUGUUCCCUGAGCGCGAAAAAGGGCUUGCCGCCAACGCCAGGUACCAACCGCUGACCAGGAAUGAGACCAAACCAAAAAACUGAACCACCACCUCUGCUGUCAUCGGACGGGGGGAUCAUUAGACCAUGCAAAUUGCUGUCCUUCCCCCUCCUCCCAAAUGGACACAAACCUUUACAUUUUUUUUGCCCGUUUCGAUAUCUGUUCCCUUCACAGUAAACUGUCACCCUAUCCCUUAUUGCAUUGUUUUUCAAACAGUGUGCCUCCAGCUGUUGC